UACCAUGAAUGAAGCGCUCUGGUGCAUUGAAGUGCCUCGUCUUCAUUGUUCACUCUCACAAAAGCAUUUUCUGUUCUCUUCACGCAGAGUGCGUUGUGUGUAUGUGAGAUACACCGUACGGAGUUACCAACCCUAGGAAUUCUGCUCCUCCUUGUGGGCAUCAAAGUGUAAACCCUAGAAAUUGCAAAUAGCAGGGUUUUAGUGUCUUUGGUUGGGAAGUCCUCGUCCAAGUGUAACGCAUUUCGGAGAAUCUCAAUAUUUCAACUCUAAUGGGGGCAUCUGAUGCCAAGGGAGAUUUGGGCAUGAGCAGUAGUAUGGGUGAAAAGCUUUCAAAUGGAGUCCAAAUGGAAAUAGAUGAUGAUCUGAUGGGCUCAAUCGAGAUAGACGACUUAAACAAAGAAUAUUUGAAAACAUUUUGCAAAAAGGUUGCGGUAUCAUUCUUUAAUGAGUAUGGACUCAUUCAGCAUCAGAUCAACUCCUUCAAUGACUUCAUCAAAAAUGGAAUUCAAAGGGUUUUUGAUUCUUUUGGCGAGAUCCCUGUGGAGCCUGGGUAUGACCCAUCUAAGAGGGGAGAGGGUGAUUGGAGAUAUGCUUCUGUGAGGUUCGGGAAGGUCACCCUUGAACGGCCGAGGGUAUGGGCUGGUGAAUCAGAUGGUAAGGAGUCCCUGAAUUUUUUGCCGAGACAUGCACGUCUUCAGAACAUGACGUACUCAUCUCGGAUGAAAGCUCAAGUUCAUUUCCAGGUAUAUACUCAGAAACUUGUAAGAAGUGACAAGUACAAAACUGGAAAAGACAACAAGUAUGUUGAGAAGAAGGUUAUAUUUGAAGAUAACAGGGACAUAUUAAUUGGGAGGAUCCCUGUGAUGGUGAAGUCAGAACUAUGUUGGAUGAAUGGUGUCGAGAGAGGUGACUGUGAAUUUGAUCAUGGAGGAUAUUUUUUGAUCAAGGGUGCAGAGAAAACAUUCAUUGCACAAGAACAGAUUUGUUUGAAGAGACUGUGGGUUUCCAGUAAUCCAACUUGGAUGGUUGCAUACCGGCCAAUCUGGAAAAGGAAAAGAGUAUAUGUUAAAUUAGAACCUCCAAAAGAUGAAAAUAAUAGAGGAGGAGAAAAAGUUCUUACAGUGUAUUUUUCAUCAACAGAGAUUCCCGCUUGGAUAUUGUUUUUUGCACUUGGUGCAUCGUCAGACAAGGAAGUUGUUGAUUUGAUUGAUUUCAACAUUGAUGAUGCUGGUAUUUCAAAUAUUCUUGUUGCAUCUAUUCAUGAAGCGGACAGGGAAGCAGAAAAGAAAGGCAUGUACUUCCGUAGACAAGGCAAUGCUAUCAGUUUUGUAGAUAAACUUGUGAAAAGUUGUAAAUUUCCUCCUGGAGAGAGUAUUCAAGAAUGCAUUAGCAAGUAUUUGUUUCCCAACUUUAGUGGCGUCAAGCAAAAGGCUCGCUUUCUUGGGUAUAUGGUGAAGUGUCUUCUACAAGCCUAUACUGGGCGCAGAAAAUGUGAUAACAGAGAUGAUUUCAGAAACAAAAGAUUAGAAUUGGCUGGUGAGCUGCUUGAGCGAGAGCUUAGAGUGCACAUUAGACAUGCUGAAAGGCGCAUGGUAAAAGCUAUGCAGAGAGAACUUUAUGGAGAUCGUGACCUGCGACCUAUUGAAAAUUAUCUGGAUGCCUCCAUUAUCACCAAUGGUCUUUCCAGGGCAUUCUCAACUGGGCAAUGGUCCCAUCCUUUCAAGAGGAUGGAAAGGAUAUCUGGUGUAGUGGCAACUCUUAGACGAACAAAUCCCUUGCAGAUGACAGCUGACAUGAGGAAAACACGUCAGCAGGUCCAAUACACAGGAAAGGUUGGGGAUGCCAGAUACCCACACCCUUCUCACUGGGGGAAGGUUUGCUUUCUCUCUACUCCGGAUGGUGAAAAUUGUGGGCUUGUAAAAAAUUUGGCCAUUACAGGACUUGUCUCAACAGAGGUAUUGGAUCCAUUGGUUGAUAAAUUGUUUGAUUGUGGAAUGGAGAAACUGGUAGAUGAUACCUCUACCAAGCUGUCUGGAAAGAAUAAAGUUUUUCUGGAUGGUGACUGGGUUGGAGUAUGCGAAGAUCCCAUUUCAUUUGUUGUGGAGCUAAGAACUAAACGGCGGCACAAGGAAUUGCCUCAACAGGUGGAAAUCAAAAGAGACGAACAACAAGGAGAAGUUCGCAUUUUUUCUGACGCUGGAAGGAUUCUACGUCCUCUCUUAGUAGUUGAGAAUUUAAAAAAGGUUAAAACAUUUAAAGGGGAUGAUUUUACUUUCCAGUCUCUUUUGGACAAGGGAAUCGUGGAGCUCAUUGGAGCUGAGGAAGAAGAAGAUUGCUCUACAGCAUGGGGCAUUAAAUACCUCUUAAAGGGACAUGAUGACCCACCGGUGAAAUACACACAUUGUGAACUUGAUAUGUCUUUUUUAUUAGGGUUAAGUUGUGGAAUAAUCCCUUAUGCAAAUCAUGACCAUGCAAGGAGAGUACUAUACCAGUCUGAGAAGCACUCUCAACAGGCUAUUGGUUUUUCCACAACGAACCCUAAUAUUAGAGUGGAUACCCUCUCUCACCAACUAUACUACCCUCAGAGGCCACUUUUUCGGACAAUGAUUUCUGAUUGUCUGGGAAAACCAGGAUAUUCAGAAGGUCAUAAAGGAAUAGUGCCAAGGCCUGAAUACUUCAAUGGGCAGAUUGCUAUUGUUGCAGUUAAUGUUCACCUGGGGUACAACCAAGAGGACUCAUUGGUAAUGAACCGGGCUUCAUUAGAGCGUGGUAUGUUUCGUUCAGAGCACAUAAGAAGUUAUAAAUCUGAGGUCGACAAUAAUGAAUCAUUGGACAAAAAACGAAAGUCCGAGGACUCUGUACAUUUUGGAAAGAUGCAGAGUAAAAUUGGACGUGUUGACAGCCUUGAUGAUGAUGGUUUUCCAUUCAUCGGUGCAAACCUGCAGAAUGGUGAUAUUGUCAUUGGAAGGUGUGCAGAAUCUGGGGUUGAUCACAGCAUAAAACUGAAGCAUACUGAGAGGGGCAUGGUUCAAAAGGUUGUGGUGUCAGCAAAUGAUGAUGGAAAGAAUUUUGCUGUAGUAUCUCUGAGACAGGUCCGAACUCCAUGCCUUGGAGACAAGUUCUCAAGCAUGCAUGGGCAAAAGGGUGUUCUGGGGUUUCUAGAGUCCCAGGAGAACUUCCCUUUCACAAUACAAGGAAUAGUUCCAGAUAUUGUAAUAAACCCACAUGCAUUUCCUUCACGUCAGACUCCUGGUCAAUUGCUAGAGGCUGCUUUGGGAAAGGGGAUUGCCUGUGGUGGUUUGCUGAGACAUGCCACCCCUUUCUCCACCCUCUCUGUGGAUGCAAUAGCAGAUCAACUUCACAGGGCUGGAUUUUCAAGAUGGGGACAUGAAAGGGUGUACAAUGGACGCACUGGAGAAAUGCUUCGCUCACUCAUAUUUAUGGGGCCAACAUUCUACCAGCGCCUGAUUCACAUGGCUGAGGAUAAAGUAAAGUUCCGCAACACGGGGCCAGUCCACCCGCUCACCCGUCAGCCAGUGUCGGAUCGGAAGCGCUUUGGUGGGAUCAAAUUUGGGGAGAUGGAGCGCGACUGCCUCAUUGCUCACGGUGCUGCAGCAAAUCUACAUGAACGCCUCUUCACCCUCAGCGACUCAUCCUAUAUGCACAUCUGUCGGAGAUGCAAGAACAUAUCGAAUGUGAUCCAGCGUUCUGUGGCGGGUGGGCGGAAGGUAAGGGGCCCGUAUUGUCGAUACUGCGAGUCUUCUGAGGAAAUAGUGAAGGUGAACGUGCCAUAUGGGGCGAAGUUGUUGUGCCAGGAGCUCUUCAGCAUGGGCAUAUCUUUGAAGUUUGAGACCCAGCUGUGUUAAAGAGUGCAGGCUCUUCAAGUAACCAGUGGAGGACCUAGUUGUAAUUACAAGACAAACAUUGGUAUUAUUAUGAAUGGCAUUUUACAAGCUUGGUAGUGUAAAUUUUUGUUGGCCCAUCGACUAUCCUAUCUUCAUUUCCAUGGAAAUAUAAUAUAUAUAUUUUUUUUCAAA